UGUAAGCAUACCACAUCGGCCUCGGACGCGGACUUGGCCUGCCCAGAGGAGGGAGUGAUGAUUCUCGCUAUUAGCGCACAUUUGUCGUUACUGUAAGGCUGAGAUUUUGUUCAUUUCUUUUCGAAUCAGCCCUGAAAGUUGGUGACCCUUCGGUCUCGGUCGUUUUGAGCCGGUCGUGGCAGUCUAUAAAAGUAACCAGCUCUGUCUGCGUGUCUUCUUCUUACUAGGUUCACAAUGCCCAAGACAAUCGUCAUCCUCGGGGCCGGAUGGGCAGGCCUCCCCCUAGCCCACAAGCUCCUCAAGUACACGGCGUCCAAGACAGGCCUCAAAGUCGUUCUGGUGACGCCCAACACGCACUUUUUCUGGAACGUGGCUGCUACACGCGGCAUCAUUCCCGGCGCCAUCCCGGACGAGCAGCUCUUCCUCCCCAUCAAGGAGGCCUUCGAGCAGUAUCCGUCAGACAAGUUCGAGCUGCUCCUCGGGUCGGCAGAGGGGAUGACUCCCCAGGAUAGCACUGUAGCUAUCAGAAAGGAAGAUGGCACAGUGAAGCAUCUGCAAUACGACCAGCUCGUCAUUGCAACGGGCUCUCGCGUCACCAGUGGACUGCCUCUCAAACCCCUCGGCGCCCAUGCGUCGACGCUUUCCGCAUGGCAUGACUUGCAGCAACGAAUCCAGGCGUCCAAGUCCAUCGUCAUCGCGGGCGCAGGCGCCACUGGUGUUGAGGUAGCUGGUGAGCUCGCCGCAAAGUAUGGCUCGAGCAAGCAGAUCACCCUCGUCAUGUCCGAGAGCCAACCUCUGAGCAACCAGGGAGGCACCCUUGCGUCCGUCCGCCGCGUCAUUGACGCCGAUUUGCAAAAGCUCGGCGUGCAUUUUGCGCGUGAAGCCCGUGUCACGGAUGUUACGGACAGUGGCAGCCACGGCCAGACCAUGGUUCGUUUGUCGAACGGUGCAGAGCUCACGACAGACUGCUAUCUGCCUCUUCACGGCAUCAAGCUCAACACAUCGUUUGUUCCUGAUGACCUUUUGGAUGCCAUGGGUAAUGUCAGCCAAGAACCUACGAUGAAAGUCAAGGGCACCAAGAACAUUUGGGCCAUAGGGGAUGUCGGAUCCCUCGAGACCAAGCAGUUGACGGUCACGGAUGCUCAGAUCAUCCACCUGGCAUCGAACCUUGACGCGGUCCUCACGGGCAGUGGGUCACCGACGCCGUACAAGCCCACUGACAAGACCAUGCUGUUUGUGUCGCUGGGCACCAAGUUUGCGACUGGCCAAAUUGGGAGUUGGAAGCUUUUUGGCUUCAUGGUGUCGUGGGUCAAAGGGAGGAAAUUGUUCGUGGACACUGCCGAGGGUUACGUCGGUGGAAAGCACCUGCGACAUGCGGCGAUGUAACUUGAUUAAAUAGGUAGAUUAUAUUUCUUGAGUAUCAUGUAUAAUAAGUAUGUCGCGCGAAAACAGAUCCAGAUGUGAAAAAGGUG